AUGUCAUUCGAUCACGCGGGCGACCGCGCCAAUGGACCUCAAGAUAUAGAUCUUACCCCAGAAGGUCAUGGAGACUCAGCGCCAGCAUCCAACCGGUCUUCAAUGUCCUACACAAGAACAUACUCAACACCAGCGACCGGGACACAAACCCCCGAUCCGCUAAUGGGCAACAAAACUGUGGACAAAGUGGCCCUCCAAGAUCUCUCUAUCAAUACCAUCGGCCGUGAACUCAACGAGAACUAUGCCCUCGAUACAACAAGCAAAAUGAAAAACAGAAAGCACGCAGACUCAAUAUCCCGAUCUCAUCCCGAUAGCGACGAAGAGUCGGGAUCCCCAAUCCGCACCAAACAAGGCAUCCCGCCUGAGCUCUCAAGCUUCACAGCCGAGCUCAUCCUCAUCUUCGUCUGCUCAGCAGGCCUAAUGCUCUUCUCCUUCCUACUAGGCGACAUGCUCGCCCCACAAGAACAAAUCAAAACAGCUCUUGGCAUCACAAACACCCAGCUCCCCUGGGUCGUCGGCGCCUUCAACACAGCAAACGGCUUAUCGGUCAUAAUCUCCGGCUCACUAACAGAUCUCAUGCCACCAAAACUCCUGAUGGUCGGAGCAUUCGCCUGGCUCGCCGUGUGGAACUUAAUCGGCGCAUUCACCCUCAAUCCUUCCCGCUACGUUCUAUUCUUCGUCAUGCGCGCUAUGCAGGGCCUUGCCAUCGGCGUCCUCGUCUCGGGAAGUAUGAGCAUCCUCGGCCGCGUCUACAAACCCGGUGUUCGCAAGAACCGCGUCUUCUCAGCGAUGGCCGCUACCGCUCCAUUUGGGUUCUCUCUCGGCGCACUGCAAGGCGGAGCGUUGUACCAGAACCUCCCGUGGAUCUUCGGUUCAAACGCCAUCAUCUGCGUGAUGUUGUGUGCGGCUGCUUGGUUCGCUAUUCCACCCCUCAAACCCAUCGCCGAUGUUUCCGGCAAGGAAGCUCCCUCUAUCAAGCAAUUCGACUAUAUUGGCGGUUUCUGCGCUGCAGGUGGGUGCGUGUGUCUAUUGUUCGGUUUGACACAGGGACCCGUCGCAUCUUGGUCCCCUUACACGUACGUGUUGAUCAUCGUUAGCGCCUUGCUCUUUGUCGGGCUUUUCUUUGCGGAACGAAAAGCUGUUCGGCCUCUCAUACCUAACCGUCUAUGGCGCACGCCGGGCUUCACUCCGUUGAUGAUUGCGUACUUCCUUGGUUUUGGGUCUUAUUUCGGCUGUUGGCAAUUCUAUGCGAUCCAAUUCUGGUUGCGUAUUCAACACGCGAGUCCCAUUGCCGUUGCGCUAUAUCACAUCCCUAAUGCGCUCGUCGGUGUCCUGGCCACGUUGAUCAUCGCCCGCACGCUGCAUUUAGUCCCAGGUCACUAUAUUUACACGGUAUCUAUGCUUGCCUUCACGCUUGGACCGGCGUUUUUCUUGCCGCAGACUGCCAAUACGACUUACUGGGCGCUUUCGUUCCCUGGUAUCUCGUUGGUAACGUUCGGACCUGAUCUUGCGUUCGCUGCGGCUUCGAUUUUCAUUACUAGCAAUGUUGAACGGUCGUAUCAGGGCAGUGCUGGUGCUUUGUUGGUCACCAAUCAGAAUCUUUCAUCGGCGAUCAUGACGAGUGUUGCUGAUGCUAUCGGGACCCGUGUCAGUCGUGGCACGGAUGGAGAAAUUGGCCUUGAAGGGCUGCAUGCUAUUUGGUGGUUCGCCCUUGCGGCGCAGUUGCUGGCUGCGUUGGUCACGAUUAUUUGGGUCAGGAUUCCCAAGGAGGAGGAGAAGGAGCACGUCACUUGA